AUGCUGCUUCGCUUCCACUGGCUCGCGGUUUGGUUGGCAUUUUUGAUGGCUCAAGUAGCGAGCAAGAGUAUCUCGGGUGCAUACGAGAAGAUUUGGUUCUAUUAUGUCUAUAAUUUAGCCUGGAAGCUAGAUGGAUCGGAACAGACUGCCAUUCUUCCAUGGCUGACUAGGAACAAUCAGAUAAAUGCGAGAAACAACGGUAACAAGGGAAAGGAUACUACCAUGAAUGGACAAUUGAACUUUAGAGAAUUUGUGAGUCUCAUGGCCUUCCAAAAUCCAGCACAAUCUACACUCGUGCUGGACACUGAAGACCUAGAUGGCACGGCAAUGUCAAUUUGGAGGGGAGGAUAUGGUGGGACGGUCAGGGUUGGGAUUGCGACAAACACUGGACCCGGCACGAAAAUCACAAAAGAACCAUCAUACAACCAGUUUCUCGAGGAUCUUACGGGUGUGGUUACUAGGGCUCGAAAGACUCUGGAAGCUGGUGAAAUAUCUGAUAUCAUGUCUCAGAUGGAUAAAUUGCUCGACUCCAUCAUUACCAUUCGCAGCAGAGAGUUCCGCCUCUCCUAUUUGGGGAGAGACAUCGCUGCUGCAUUUCCAGGAACAACAGUCACGUAUGUGGAUGUUCCUGAUCCGAAUGAAGAUCCUGCCACGGGCAAGACGAUUAAAGCAGUCGAUGUGACAGCCACUUUCAGAGAUGAGCGAAACACUGCGCUAAUAAUGAGACAAUUUGGGUCGGAAGAAGUAUCGGCGACAAAUUUCAUAGCUUGGGUGGACAACUAUGGCGUUACUGGUAGGGAUGGACCUAAGUACACAGGCCCAGCAAUCGUACACAGAACUGUUCUGGACCUGUGGAAGUCGGCCAAAGACCAAGUCAACCGCCCUGUGUGCUAG